AUGUAUACUAUCUGCAAGGUUGUGAUGGACUCCACCGGGCAUUGGACGUUGUGGGUGAAUCAAAUCCCGACACAAGCAGUUGGGGGUGCUCAUCGGGCCCCUCAGGCCUGCACUUAUUGCCGAGAGCGCAAGAUCAAAUGCCGUGCCGGCCUGACAGGAUGCGACAACUGCGUGCAUGCAGGUGUUGAGUGCACCUAUCCACCUCGAGUAAAGCGCCAACGGCGGCUCCGCCCGAUUACCCCCAUGAGAGAAGCACCAUCCCCCCUCGUCAGGGCCUCGACGUCGUGUCCUCAGACAAUGGAGCCCCUACCGUCGCCGGUAACAUCUGGACCUCACAAGGUUGCGGAGGAAGGGAUUCUUGCAGUGCUGCACCUGUUCAAGCAGCAUGUGGAUAAUUGCCCAGUGCGGAAUCUGGCAUUCCUGCACUCCUUGCUAUUUGCGUCUGAGAUCCGGCAAUGGCUAUUGGAACGCGCACUAGGCAUCCUUUCCUUUCGCAGUUUUUGCGCUGCUGGGAUUCCCAGUGUCUGUAGUAUCCGCUGGCCCCUUUUCGGACGUGUGCAUUCUAUACCCACCAUACCGGAGCGGGAAUUGGUGGACCAGUGUCUCGCAGUCUACUCAACUACCCUGCUCCAGCCGAUUUUUCCCGUGGUGGACCCUGUCAACUUUGCUCCUCUUGUCGCGCAAUUCUACGCAACACCGCUCGGGGCCAGGCCAUCGACAAUUGCCUGUGUCUACAUGUUUACCGCAUUCGUCGCGAGACACGCCGCCCUACGCAGUCCCGCCACUGGCUUUUAUGCGCAGAGGGUCCUUGCUCUUGUGCCGGAUAUAUUACUGGAGGGCCCAUCUGUCCAAGGUGUAGAGGCCCUAACCAUGUUGUCUCUCUUUACAGUAACAUACGGUCAAAUGCAAUUAGCCGGAUAUGCUCUGUCCCUGGCGGUACCAAUGCUCCAUGCCCUCGGGGGCAAUCGAUCACUCGGCCGGACAGACGGGUUCAACCACCCGCAUCUUCGCCAUCUGUUCUGGCUUUUGUACUCUCUAGACAAAGAAAUCUCCUUGCGGACCCUCGGACCACCACUGAUCAAAGAUGAAGACUGCGAUCUCGACCUUCCGACCGGCUACCCACGCGAGAACCCCGACCUCAAUCUCCACUCCAGACAGCCCGGGCCCGUGUUCCUGUUCCCCUCGGACCUCCACCUGGCCACCAUCAAAUCCCGAAUCUACCACCAUCUCUGCUCUCGGUACGCGGUUUCGCUUCUUGAAGCCGAGCAGCUGAAGCAGAUUCGCAGUUUCGAUGAGGAGCUGAAUAACUGGAAGGCGUCGCAUCUACGCGAAGAGCCUCCUGCUCCCCUUGACGCCGGUGCAAGUCCCGAACAUGCUGCUCGCGCACUCAGGGCUUUGAUCCCCCGCCUCGAGUAUUAUAACUGCCUUGUCCGGGUGCAUCAGGCUGGGCUCCGGUGCCACCGGCGGCAACGUGGUCACUCCGAAGCACUCCGGUUGAGCGAGGAGAUUGUCUUGGAAUCGUGUCGCUCUACACUUAUAUACAUCCGCACGGUCCGAUCUCUUCUAUCCUCGCAUACCUUCUGGGCAUUUGCAAUGAGUGCACUACCAGCCAUAGUCACCCUAGCUGGCACCAUGCUCGAGUAUCCGCUGAGCCAACACCAUUUUUCCGGGCGAGACCUCGUGCUGAUCCAAGAGAUCUGCACCACCUUUUCUUCCAUCACGCAUGCAGACAGCACACCCGAGGGGCUACCUCCCCUAAUCGUGAGCCUGUUUCUGGGGAAGCUCAUGCAGCUGAUCAGCCCGCACAGGUCUACGUGUCCAUUGUCGUCCAUGGCCGCGGCUGGCGAGAGCCAGAGUAACGGGUAAUAGUGCAAACACGCAAGUCAUGUAGUAGCAACUAUACAUCUGUAUUAUUAUCCAUAAAGAUGUAUAUAAAAGCCCGACUAGGGUUCAGGCCUGAUUCUGCAACGCCAAGGUGUUUUGUCGCUAUCAGUGGUAUGACGCUCAAACGUGUUGCACAAGUCUCGAUUGAGACGUGUGGGAUGCGAAUGUAAUGGCUGUACCUGAGGCAUUGCAUCCCGGUCCACACUCGAAGCGGUUGUGCGAGUAUGGAACUGUUCAGCGGUGGAGACAAGGAGACCAUUGAUGUGGCGAUUGAUCCGCCAUGUAUUGAUUGGGAUCAUGUGAGGAUUUAGGAACCUAGUUGAUCAGAGGGUGGUUGGUUUAUUGGAUUGGGCGUAGGUAAUUUCAAGGUCCAAGGUCAAUGAUCAAGUAUAUAGUACACUACUACAGUGCUUGCCAAAGUCCCAUUAACAAGAGUCCUUGUCCUCGCCGAACUCCGCUUCCUCACUCCCAG